CCCACCACCAGAAUUCAAAUUCAAUUCAAUUCAAUGCUGCUUCCCUGUCUCCCACUUUGACGCAUUUACUCGCUACCCUUUUUAUUUCUGCACCGCCCUCACUAGUUUCUGCACUCUCCUUUGGUUCUAUCAUUUCUCCGCCGUCUCCGGGCAGAUUGGCAAAUGGGUGGUGAUGGAAAGCUCUUUACAUUCGCUGAAGUCUCUCAGCACAACAAUCCCAAGGACUGUUGGUUGAUCAUCAAUGGCAAGGUUUACAAUGUAACCGAGUUCUUGGAAGAUCAUCCCGGUGGUGACGAGGUGUUGUUGUCUGGCACAGGUAAGGAUGCAACUGAUGAUUUUGAAGACGUGGGUCAUAGUGAGAGCGCAAGAGAAACGAUGAGCAAAUACUACGUUGGAGAGAUCGACAUCUCGACACUCCCAGAACGGUUGACAUACACAGGUCCAAAGCAGCCUCAUUACAAUCAGGAUAAGACAACCGAGUUCAUUAUUAAGCUCCUCCAGUUCUUGGUUCCUCUCGCAAUCUUGGGAUUGGCGGUUGGUAUCCGCUUUUACAACAAAUCAAGCUGAGGUUCUGGUUGAGAUAUUAUGUGAUGUAGUCUUAUGAUCAAUUACAAACCGCUGCAUUGUGUUUGUGAAACUGAGAAAUUUUCUACUCUAAUGCUCUACUUUUUUUUUCUCUUCC